CUACAGAGAGCAGUGGCAACUGUCAGGAAGACUGACAGCAAGGUGAAACCGCCUUCCUGUUCAUCCCAAGUAGUUGAAUCUUUUUUGCAGAGUAGAAGAGGAAGUCAUGAUCUCCUUGGAAUGCUGCAUUUAACUCCUGUCUGCAAUUAACUGGCCAGCCCAUGAAGAGAACCUAGAUGACUGCAGUCACUAAGGAGUUACAGUUUGCACACACAACGAGGGGAAAUUUUGGAUGCGUGUAGGCAGCCAAUAAAAGAGGAGAUAAACAAUGCAGCUGACUCAUACCCAGCAAGGCUUAGACUGUGACUGCAUCACUGUUCCAGGCAGAUCGCAGCUCUUUGUUGCAGUCGCACUAGCUCACUCCUGUAGUCUCUAUGCCCACACGUCUGGAGUUCUCUCCCCCACUAAACGCCAGAAAAUGGCUAAUCUGAUGCCCGUAAUAGCCCAGGAAGAGCUGGAUAACUUUAUCUUCACCGGGACAAGUUCUGGCUUCGCCCUCAAAGCCUUUCAUGCUCCUCAGAACAUUAACGUAUCACUGAAACUGCUGACCAGCCAGAAUACAACAGAGAGUGAGUUGAAGGUGCUACUCCAAGAUGUAGCAAACACACGACGCAUUCAGUCUGAACAGCUCCUGCCUUCUCUUGGGAUCUACCAAUCUCAGGGACUUCUGGGGGUCGUGACUGAAUGGAUGUGCAAUGGAUCCCUCCACUCACUCAUCCACGAGCACCACCUGUAUCCAGAAUUGCCUUUUCCCCUACUCAUGCGGAUCCUGUCAGAUGUGGCUGAAGGAUUAUAUCAUCUCCAUAGACUAGAUCCUCCUCUCCUCCACUACAGCCUGAAACCCUCCAAUGUCCUUUUGGAUACACAAUAUAGAGCUAAGAUAACAGAUUAUGGUCUAACCUCCUGGAGGAAGCAGCAAAGAUCAGUUCUGCAGAACUGCAAUAGAAGCUGCUGGGAUUUGGUAUACCACUCUCCUGAAAUACUUGAAGGAGGUGUACCCUCACAAGAAGGAGAUAUUUACAGCUUUGGAAUGCUAUGUUGGGAAAGCUUAAGCAGACAGAAACCUUUUGAAGGCAAAAAAAACCUGCUGGAAGUUGUGACAGGAGUCUGUAGUGGCCUGCGGCCUGGGACUGAAGCAGAGUAUAUACAGAGCAAUUUGCCUCAGAGAAACAGGCUGUUACAGCUCAUCAUACUGUGCUGGCACCAAGACCCAGAUUACAGGCCCCAAACUGCAGAAUGUGUGGAACUCUUAAGGAGAAUUUUGAGUGCUUUUAGCAAGGAGAAGAUUUCCAGUGCAAUCUACAGUUUGAUUGAUGCAAAGGAGAGAGCAGUAAAUGCCUGCAAAGGCUCAGUUCCACACAUGCUUCAGACACAUGUGCACAAUCUAGAGGUCAUCUGUGCACAGAAAAACAGCAACCGGCUUAUCGACAAGAGUGUCCAUCUAACAGCACAGAGAUUGUCAACUGUUCUUGACAGCCCUGCAGGAAGAGAGAAGGCUAAUCAGAUGGUACUUGCAGAUAUCACAGCGCCAAACACAACACAAAAAAAAGCUCAUCCAGGUAGUAGAGAAUCAGCUCUGCAGCAUUCCUUUCCCACUCCUUGUACCUCUGAUCCACAUGCAAGCAGAGAAGAUGGUGGUCAUUGUCAAAGGGACCCAAAGCUGUGGCAGCAGCAGCCACUACAGUUAUCGCUGCCACCUGAGCACAGUCCCCAUCAUAGCCAAUUUCAAAGCACACAGUGUGAACAAACAUUAACAGGUCCUUGCUGCAAAGGCAACUGCUGCCAGAUCCUAGCCUGUGGGCGACAGACUAUCUUGAGCUGCAUGACAGAAGGGCGCCUCAACCACAUUCUUGAUGUCCUUCGCUCCCAGCGAGUGUUGUCUAAAAUGGACUAUGAAAUGAUCACCUCUUUCCCCACCCUGACCAGCCGCGCUCGUGCUUUGUUGGACACUUGCCUCUGCCUUGGAGAGAGGGCAGCUCAGAUUGUAGUGACUGUGCUCUCAACUAGCAAAUGUAGCCCUCUGGCACGAGGCAGCCAUAUCACAGACAGCUCUGCUAAAUUAAAUAGACGACUGCAGUGACUUAAGUUAUUUUUCAUGGCAUAUUUCAUGGACUGGUGCACUGGUAACUUGGCAUGACAUUAAUUCAUGUUCAUUUCUCAUUACCCACUGACUAAAAAGUCUGUUCCUUUUCCUACUGCUCAGUGACUUUAGUCCUCUAAGAGUUCAAGAUACCCAUUGCCUGCAGAAAUAACAGAGCCUGGUAAUAUAUAUUCCAACUUGGACCUCCGAGAUGGUAGGAUUAUGGGAGUAUGCCAGAGUCUAGUUCAAGUCACAUGUCACUUAUUAUUUCCUGGUUUCUUAAUGGAGGUAAAUUGAUUGUGACUUAUUGGUGGAUGGUUGAGAGGAAGACUGAUGCUAAGCUCUUCCAACUCUGAAAGGCACUUAAGGAUGGGCUGCUGCCUGGGAAGGAAGAAAGAAGUUGCUUUUGCCAACAGCCAAGCAAGCUGUCACAGUGAAAGUGAAAAGCAUUAAGGAAUAAGUUUUCAGGAUCGCUUCAAACGAGCCUCUGAAAUUUACCAUCUUGCAAACUGAAUCAUUUUUUAAAUUUUUCUUGCACAAAUGCUCAUUUGUCCUUGUACAAUGGUACACUACAUUUAGCAGGUGCAAAUUCAGAAACUCUUUUGAAAUAAAAUGGCCAUAAACAAGUUAAAGUUACCUGGAUACAGCAUGUUAAUGUUGUUCAGUUUAUGAACGAUACAGGUAUACAAUGUGAAGGUAAGCUGCGAGAUAAGAGGUGCCAAACUGGCCACUUUGGAAGGACAGUUCCAUUGAACUAGAAAUAAAGAUACGAACAUCAAAUAUUAUCUUAGUUAAAAUGAAAAUGAAGUGUGCAAGGUGCCUCCAUUACAAAGCACAGUAGGAUGCCUGCAAUAUUCACGGCACUGGAUAAGCCCAAGAACAUUAUCAUUACAAGAUGUAUAGAUAUUUCAGAUGCCAAGCUACAUUGUUUUGUUUCACUACAUUGCAAUUGUUCUUUUCAUUUCCAAGAUGUUCAAUUAAUCCUGUGGUUUGAAGUGUUGGAAUCUUAAAUGCAGGAGUGGAGUAUUUUAAGGCAUAUUUAUACAAGGGAUUAUUUAUUCCACCUGAUAUAAUUUAAAACCACUAGCUUUAGAAGUUUUAAAAUCAACAUUUUAGAAAAUUCAGUCAAACUGUCUUAAGGCUGCUUUGUGACUAUAAAAAUGGCUAAAAUUUAAAGCAGUGUCAAAGUGUGUUAGAAAUGUCAUUUUUUACUUUAUUAAGGGGGGCAACUUUCUAGCUCCUAGAAGUUUAAUGUUUCAUGCUACAUUUUAAAUGAGAGACUUCUGUUUCUCCAACAGACCACAGAACAGCUUUUGGUACAACAUAGGGCUCUUGUCACUGGUCAAAAAAGGAACGAGUCCCUCCACUGUAUUCCUUCCUUCUGUGGAAGAAAGCACAAUUGUCAAGACUUAAAUAUCAGGUAUCAGGAAUCAUUCCAUUCAACUGUUGUACUGGAGUUUUUAAACUUCUACAUAACAUUGAUGGGGCAGUAGACAACCCUAGUUUAUGAUAUAUUUUGAAAUGAGUGCCUGAUUUUAAUGCAUAACUUAGUCUUUGUCCACCCAUAUCCUCAAUCAGUCUCUGAAAGAUUUCAGAUAUGCACAAAACUUUCACUUCUGUUUACUUCCAUGCAGUUACAGAGAACCUCAGCAACCCAUACUAACGUUUUUUCUGUAAGUUAAGUGAAAACCAUUAUACAAAUAUCUAUUAAUAUAAUAGAUUUACUUCCUAAGUGGUCUUUUAAAUGUUUAGCAUCCUCAGAAAUAAAGCAGACCGAGUGGAUAGAAAUAAAUAGCCAGAAAAUAAUACAGAUUCAUCUUCAAAAAAUGCAGUCUAAUGCAUCUGCUGAAAAUCUGAACCCCAGAGAUGCAAUGUGGGACAAACUAGAUAAGCAGUAAUAGUGACCAAGAGACCUGUAAGUGGCGGUAGUGGACAGCUAAUUGCACAUGAAUUUGUAGAGCCCUGCAUGGAUAUAAAAUUUGUACCCGCUUGCAAUCCAUAAAAAGGAUCUGCGGAUGUGGAUUUCCAUGGAUAUAAAGCGGAUACCUGUGUAUUUGAGGAGCUCUAUGAAUUUGCAAUGUGAUAUAGCAAGACAAAGGGCUAGUGCAUUUUGGGACUGAGUACACAGAUUUCAUGUAAUGGAGUCUGACUGUUGUAUUCCCUUCUAUAUGAUUUUGGCGCGACCACAACUGGAAUAUUACAUUAAGCUCUGGGCAUCCAAUUAAUGGACAGAUGUGGCCUGGAGUCCAGACAAGAGCUACUGACAUUAAAAAGAUUAAUGUGAGGACUGAGGGAGAGGAGGAAAAUAAUUGUUCACAGAUACCUGAAGGAUGUAAAUACUAAACACCAAGAUGGAAAAGGGAUUAUCAGGUACGAGAGGGUAUUGUGACAGAUAUGGCAAUUUCCUGCAAUAUCCUUGGAAUUCCUUAUUGUAUUACGUUUAUGUAUUAUUGCAGGCCAAGAUAGUAUGUAACCUCACUAUGGGGAAAGAUGUGAGACCUGGAAGUUCAAAAGACUAUAUUCAAAAUGUGCUGGUCAUGUAUGGACUUCUGGGACAAUAAGUGUUAAGUGGGGAAAUUCCUAGGGAGAGGUUAAUGUAAAUUCCCCAACUCUGGUUAUGCAAUACCCCAGCCUUUGGAAGCUACCCCUGGAGGAGAGGGUCAUUGUCUGCUGAUUAUUUGUUACAGAAGGCUGGGGUCAAAGGUCUGAGCUGCAUAAGGAACAGCUGAUAUACCCAGCCUUUGGGUCUGGUUCUGGCUCUAAGGCAGGUCCAUGCAGAAAACCCAUGUUGUGGGUUUUGAACCACUGAAAUCUACCAGAGCCUUAAGUUAGAAUUGAGGGUGACCUCUGGUAAGCUUUUUAGUAUGCAUAUAGGUUUUGUUAUUAUUUUAAUCUGUUUUCUCUGUUUCUGAACAAACAUGUUUAUUCUUAAGGUUAAAAGAGCCGUAUGGUACCUUGUAACUGCUGGCAAUACACUUUUCAUAGCCCUCGGAGAAAAAGCAAAGCGCAGGUGCUGGUGUUUUUAGGCAGUCUGGCUUGUUGGGGAUAUCAGUGUAAGCAAGGGAGCUGUACAACCUUAAAAUCUCCAGUACAGAGGGAAUGAGAUACGGGUCUCCACCCAAAAGAGGUGACUGCUGGGAGUCAGAAAUCUUUAAAUGCAUGCCCUUGAGGGACCACAGGUGCAGUUACUGUACUUUGAAACUGGCAUAUGAUGGCAGCAUCUGUGGGAUCUAUGACAGCGUGAAUUGCCAAAGUGCCAACAGUAGUGAAAGCAAGUACCAUAGAAGGGAAAAGCACAGAGAAAAGUCUCAGUCUUUUCAGGAAGGGAACAGCAAAAAGAGAGAUGGGAAAAUGAGUUAUAAACAGCUGAGAAGUCAGCUAGUCAGUGUGGAGGAAUAUACUCUAGGCUUCCUGGGAAAAGCCAUUUAAAAUCAUCGAACAACUCAAUGAGGUGAACUAUGAUGGUGGGGCCAUCUAAUUGCUCACAUUGGCACCCAAUAUCAUGUGAACGUGAUAAAACCUUUUUAUGACAGUGUCAAAAGAUCCUUUCACUGAUAGGGGCACCUCCUCCUGGCUGCUCUGGGAAUUAGCUCCUUCCAGGAACUGCACCCUCCUCUGGCAGUCUCUCCAUCCUUGGUCCUCUCUCUCUCUGACGCUCCCUUUUCUCCAGGAACUGCAGCUUCCUCUUCACAACCUGUCCCUCCUCCCAGCUCACUAUGGUCCUCCCAUUCCAGGGUAUUAAAGUCUUCCAAGGCAAACUGUCCCAGGCAGUCUACUCUGCUCCAUGUCACUUCCUCUGUGGCUGAUAGGGGAACUUGGGCCCACCCCCUACACUGGGUUCCCUAUCCCCUGUGGCUGGUAGGGGAACCUGGGCCCACCCCCUACUCUGGGUUCCCUACCCCAUACCUUGCUGCUUUUCCCCUGAGCCUUUCCUCCCCCUCUCUGGGUUUACCAGCCCAAACUCCUUCCUCCCAGGGAGCAACUGUAGGCUAUCUAUCUCUAUAGCCCCAAACACACUUCCCUUCCCCCAGGGAGCAACUGCAGACUACUUCUCCGCAGCCUCCUCUACUGCCAAUAUCCUGUCUUUGUACAUCCAGCCAUGCUAUUCCUCCUCAGCUGGGCUCCCUCACUCAAGUCAGGGGAUUACUUAGCCACUUGAUUCCCCUCAGCUCUGGCCUGUUGGGUUAAUCAGUCCCCUUCUCAAUUUGCACUAGCACUUUCAGGGCAAGUGUGCAGUAAACACCCCAUAACAGACAGAGAAUCUGGCCCUGGCCAUUUGCAGCACUAGGAGGAGAAGGGAGAGGAUCCCCUCAUAGAUCUGGCAGCAGAAACAGGGACCAGCUGAACUCUGCUGGCUGAACUCCAUAGCCUUCUCUGAUCACUUAACCCAAACACAGCAAGCAGAGAUCAAGGGGGUGUUGCAGGCUUAUCAGCAGGUAUUUUCCAGUAAGCCUGGAUGCACUUCACUUGUUGUCCACUGGGUGGAGAUAGGAGCCAAGGCUUCAAUCAAAAGUGCACAGUUCAGGGUUACUGGGAAAGCAGCCCAAAGCAUGGAGAAAAAAAAAAUCACUAGCAUGCUGGAAUUGGGGGUGAUCCAACAGUCAAGUAAUCCAUUUGCCUCCCCGGCUAUUCUAGUACCUA